AAAGGAUCCUUCAGCAUUUGGAUAUCACCACAGCCACCUGCUCCCAACAGACCGAGAGAGAGAGAGAGAGAGAGAGGUAGCUUUCGACCCAAGUGAAAACAGAUAACCAGCAAAGAUGAGUGCCCCUGCAGGCAGCGCCCUGUCCACUCCAGCUGGAGCCAACGGACCCACCACACCCAAGAAGGGACCACCCAAGUUCAAGCAGAGGGCAACCCGUACCUUUAAGAGCAAGGCCCCUAAGCCCGGACAGAAAGGAUUUGGUGAUGACAUCCCUGGCAUGGAGGGGCUCGGCACAGACUUCACAGUGGUCUGCCCAUGGGAGGCUUUCGGAGACAUGGAGCUCAGCGACCUGGCCAAAUACGGAAUCAUCUAAAGCUGCCUGCGCCGCCUUCCGCCCACUCUCCGCCUUUGACCACACCCCAAUGUAUAGACUGGCCCUUCGUCCUCCCCUCCAGCUCCCUUUGCCCUCCUCCUCCUCCUUCGCGAUCUUUGCAUCAUGUGUGCAUCUGCCACAGUCAUGCGGCACAGCCUGAAGACCAGGGCCCGCCCAGCGGAGACUGCUUAAGAGCACACGCAUAUAAUGUCAUUAUUUCUUUUUUUUUUAUUAUUAUUAUUAUAUAAUACUUUAUAUUUUAUGUACCUGUGAUUACAUUGACUACGCGAUUACCCCCCCCCCCCUUCCCCCCUUCCCCCCUCCCAAAAAAAAAGUUCAGCACUCCACAAGAUAGUCUACCUCGACAUCCACCCUCCAGUCUUUUACUUUUACUUACACAAGGUGAUGUAUAUAACUAUAUUAGUCAAGCCUAACAGAAAUAUUUCAGGAUAACCGGGUUGUAUGUGCUUCUAGAGGUAUGAGGAUGUGACCAAUACGCAUAACUCUUUUACCAAAAAGGCUUAAUAUCCCUCCUUCCUCUCUCCUUCUCUCCCUCCCUACCCCUCACCGACCCCCUCUUCUCCCUCUGUGGUCCUCCUCUUUUCAUACUUCCUAAUCUUAUAGCUUUUGCAUUGUGUUUUUAACAUAAGUUGUGUAUUUAAAACGAGGGUCUGCAAUGCUUUGAGGAAGAAAACUAAAGAACCACUACCAGAAACGACCAGAACCCUUUCAGUUUUUGUCUCAACCGUCCCGACCGUUCGACCAUUUGACCCUCCUCCACCUCUCCUGUCUCCCUCUCCUCAAACAUCAUCUUACUCACCUGGCAGUGAAAUGCAACACAUUUAUUUUGUUAAAUGUGAAGGUCCAUUAUGCUCUUAGACUCAUUAAAAGUCUAUAUUUUCUAGUAAA